CUCUCACUUCACACAAUUCAAACUCAAAAAUCCCCCAAAUUUCUAACUGAUUUUCUCUUUAAUUUCUGAAAUCUUCCCUUCGAUGGCACCAAAGGCAGAUAAGAAGCCAGUGGCUGAGAAGGCUCCUUCCGCCGUCGCUGAGAAAUCAAAGGCCGGCAAGAAGCUACCCAAGGACGGCGGUGCUGCUGCUGCCGGAGACAAGAAGAAGAAAAGGAUGAAGAAGUCGAUCGAGACUUACAAGAUCUACAUUUUCAAGGUGCUGAAGCAGGUUCAUCCAGACAUAGGGAUUUCAAGCAAAGCUAUGGGUAUCAUGAACAGCUUCAUCAAUGAUAUCUUCGAGAAGCUUGCUCAGGAAUCUUCUAGGCUUGCUAGGUACAACAAAAAACCCACCAUCACUUCCCGGGAGAUUCAAACUGCUGUCCGAUUGGUCCUUCCCGGUGAAUUGGCUAAGCAUGCUGUCUCUGAGGGUACUAAGGCGGUUACCAAAUUCACUAGCUCUUAGAUAUUUGUUAGUUAUAUAUUGAUUUUUCUGUUGGGUUUAUGAUUUUAAUUAGCGUUUUGGUGUUAUGUAAAGAACAGAAAAAUUGAUUAUAAAAUAGAUUUGAUGAAAUUGACGCUA